GGACGUACUAAGACGAGGGUUGGGCCUGGAGUCGGAGCCAUUACUGCAGGAAAAGGUCCCGCAGCGCUUGGCGGUCAAGAUGUGUGACUUCACGGAGGACCAGACCGCAGAGUUCAAGGAGGCCUUCCAGCUGUUUGACCGAACGGGGGAUGGCAAGAUCCUGUACAGCCAGUGUGGGGACGUGAUGAGGGCCCUGGGCCAGAACCCCACCAACGCCGAGGUGCUCAAGGUCCUGGGGAACCCCAAGAGUGAUGAGAUGAAUGUGAAGGUGCUGGACUUUGAGCACUUCCUGCCCAUGCUGCAGACCGUGGCCAAGAACAAGGACCAGGGCACCUACGAGGACUAUGUCGAAGGCCUUCGGGUGUUUGACAAGGAAGGGAACGGCACCGUCAUGGGUGCUGAAAUCCGGCAUGUUCUUGUCACCCUGGGCGAGAAGAUGACAGAGGAAGAAGUAGAGAUGCUGGUGGCAGGGCACGAGGACAGCAAUGGUUGUAUCAAUUAUGAAGCGUUUGUGAGGCAUAUCCUGUCGGGGUGACGGCCCGUGGGGCGGGUACGGCUCCUCCCAGCCUCCCCUCUCUCGUUGGCCUCCCCUCCUUGUUGGCCUCCCCAGUGUUUCUUGCAGCCUUUGCUCUCUAGCCUUUUCCCCUGCUACCAUUGACUUCCCCCUGGCAUGUUUCUGCAUGGAGCUGACUGGGGAGGGGAGGGGGUUCCUCAAAGAGGAAGACAGCCUGGGGGUGUGGUACCUCCUUCUUUCUUAGAAUGGGCUCUGAGGUUUGGCUUAUAGGGCCCUGGGUGCUGGUGUCUGGGAACUCGCACCAGCCUGUCUCCGUCUUGCUUCAGGGUGGUCCCUUGGCCCUGGAGCACGGGUGGUUGGCAUAGCAAGUGGGUUGCCUGCCUCAUUGUGCUGCUGUAGCUGAAGUCUUUCCUCUUUCCUUCUGCUGGGCAGCUUGAAGGUACCCUAACCCAGAACUCUGUCCUCUCCUCCCGCCAAUGGCUGACAGUAGCUAGAGGUGUAGUUGAGAACUUUUCUGCCUCUGCUGUGUUCCUGCUGCUCAGGGUGGGGUGGGGGACUAACAGCUGAUGGGAGGGGGGCUGGGGGCCGAGAGAACUGGUCAGACUCAAGGUGGCUCCUCUGCAAACCGACCCCAAGGUUGAUUGCUGUGGGCACGUUCCUUCCUGUGCCACCUUCGUGGUCUUGUGGUCUCCUGGCCCCUGGUGACCCCUCCCCUUGGCCCUGCUCCCGGUUCACCCCUCUCCUUUCCACAGAGCUCGUCCGCAUGGUGCUGAAUGGCUGAGGACAGUGCCAGUGUGCCCCGUGCCCGUGCCUUCCCACGUGAGAUUGCGUAUGUAGCCUGAAGGUUUCCUAGUUCUCCUGUCACGGCACCUUUCCCAGCUGGUCUCUCUUGGAUGAUGUUUGCCGUCAGCAUUCACCAAAUAAACUUGCUCUCUGUGCCCUAAA